AUGACGGCGCCUCAGGAGCCGCACCGCCCGCCCGCGCCGCCUGACCGCCUGCCGUCCCCUCGGGGCGGCCAUCCUUCUCCAUCGACCGCAUCCGCCGCCGCGCGGCCGGGUUUCGGGCGCCUGGCCGGCACGCGGCGCGGCCUCGUCCACUCCGUGCGGACGCUCGCCGCCGCGGCGCUGCUCGCGCUCUUCGGCGCCCUCGCCCUGCCCGCCACGGCCCAGGCGCAGUCCGCCGGCGUGCUGGUGAGCAAUAUCGAGCAGACCGAGUCUGGUGGCGGUACUCUCGCUAAUGUCUCGUACCUGCCAGCGCAGGGCUUUUCGGUCCCCAGCGUCGGCGGCGACUACACGCUCACCUCGAUCGAGGUUGUCUUCGAUAGCAACAUUGGGGCCACGCAGAUCGGCUCGCUGAGCGUCAGCGUGUGGUCCGCCGAUUCCUCGGGCAGUCCGGCCAGUUCCCUGCAUACCUUGACCAAUCCGGCGAGCGUGGCAGCCGACGUCGCGACGAGCUUUACCGCCCCUGCGGGCGCAACGCUCGCGGCGGGUAACACAUAUCUCGUCGUGGCGGAUUACAACCUGGCCGGCUCUAGUACCUGUCAACUGAACUGUAAGGAUCCGAUGUCCACUCGCUCGGAGCAGGGCCCAUUCAUGCCUCAUUUCGUGACAGGGACUAGUGUGACCUGGUCGGCCACGACAUCGGCUUCUGAAGACGCGACCUCCGUCACCGAUUGGACCAUCGCGGAUAACAGCUGGUUUCGUGCCCGUGCUGGCGCGAGCUGGACCAGCACCGACCACGUCUUGUUUCUCCGCGUCAACGGCACCGCGGUAGGCGGGACGACGCCGCCGGACGCGCCGACCGACUUCACCGCGAAAGCGGGCAACAUGGAGGUGGCGCUCGCUUGGAAAGCGCCGGCGUUGGAUUCGGGGGUGACGGGCCACGAGUUCCGGUACAAGACGGACGGGGACUAUCCCCUGACCUGGACGGCGAUUGCGAACAGCGCGCCGGACGAGGCGAACGAGGACUCGUUCACGGUGACAAUGCUCACCAACGAGGUGGCCUACACCUUCGAGCUCCACGCGAAGAUCCAGGACGCGAUCCUGGGCGAGAUCUCGGGCGUGGAUAACUGCGCGGCGGUGACCGACGCGAAUCUGGCCGCGAUCACGUCGCUCGGGGCCUUUGGCUUGAGCACGUCCAACCAGGGGAUCACCUCGCUUCAGAAGGGCGAUUUCGCGGGGCUGACGGCGCUGACGGUCCUCGACCUAAGCCUGAACCGCCUGUCGUCGCUUCCCGAGGGGAUCUUCGCCGAUCUGGCCAAGAUGGACGAGCUCAACCUGCGCAGCAACAAGCUUGAGUCUCUGCCCGAGGGGGUGUUCGACGGGCUCGUGACGCUGCGACACAUCAAUCUGUCGGGGAACUCUUUCACCGAGUUACGGGCCGGGGCGUUCGCCGGCCUGUCGGCGCUGCAGAUCAUCGAACUCACCAGCAACGAUCUGAGUUCGCUUCCCGAGGAGCUGUUCUCCGGCCUGACGGCGCUGAUUCGGCUCACCCUGGACGGCAACUCCACCAAUCCGAUGGAGCUCACGGUGACGGUGGAGAAGGUGGGGACCAACCAGGUGCGGGCGAAGGUGCUCGCGGGGGCGCCGUUCGCGGUCGCCAUUCCGGUGACGCUGGUGAACGGGACGCUCGCGGGCAGCGUGACGGAGCUCAGUGUGGCGGCGGGCGAGGUGUACAGCGAGCCGGUCACCGUGACCCGCACGGCCGGGACGACGGCGGCGGCGACCGUGGACGUCGACCUGACGACCCAGCCGACGCUGCCCAGGAAUCACAGGGGCUACACCUUCGUCAAGGCGACCGUGAACCUGCCGGCGACCAUCCUGCCGGACGCGACCAACGCCGCGCCGGCGUUCACCUCUUCAACGACCUUCAACCCGGCGGAGAACCAGACGGCGGUGGGCACGGUGGAGGCGGAGGACAUCGACACGACUGACGACAUCACCGGCUACGCGCUCAACGGCGGCACGGACCAGGCGCUGUUCGCUAUCACCUCCGGCGCGCUGACGUUCCAGGCGGCGCCCAACUACGAGGACCCGCAGGACGCGGGCACCGACAACGCCUACGUGGUGGUGGUGCGGGCGACCAGCGGUACGGGCGCGCGGGUGAAGACGGCGGACCAGACGAUCACGGUGACGGUGAUGGACGAGGACGAGCAGCCGGACAAACCGGACAAGCCGACGGUGACGGCGGUCUCGGGCUCGUCCACAAGCCUGGACGUGAGCUGGACCGAGCCGGGGCUGAACGGUGGCCCGGAGAUCACCGGCUACCAACUGCGCUACCGCAGCCGGGCGAGCGCGACCGACCCCUGGAGUCCCGCUGUCGACUGGCCGCACACGGGCACGACGACCACAACGACGAUCACCGGGCUGACGGCGACCACGGAGUACGUGGUGCAGGUGAAGGCGCUCAACGGCGAGACGCCGAGCACCUAUUCGAACCCCUCCGACGUGGUCAGCACCAACGCGGAGACGCCGGGCCCGGCCGCGCCGACCAAUUUCAUGGCCAGGCCGGCCGGCGACGCGAAGGUGGCGCUCUCCUGGGACGCGCCGGCGUCGGAUUCGGGCGUCAUGCGCCACGAGUACCAGUUCAAGACGGACGGGAGCUACGGGAACUGGGUGCAGACUGAGAUUGCGAACAGCGAGGUCGGCGGCGCGAACCAGGCCUCGUUCACGGCGUCAGGGCUCACCAACGAGGUGCCCCACACCUUCCAGCUCCGCGCGGUGAGCGCCGACGGCGCCGGCGGCGAGGCGAUGGCGGGUCCGGUCACGCCGACCCCCGGCAUCUGCGACCGCACGCAGCAGGUGCAGGACGAAAUCCUGACGCGGCUCUCCGCCGUCAGCGACUGCGCGGCGGUGACCGUCGCGGACCUGGCGACGGUGACGGUGCUGGUUCUGGAGGGAAAGAGGAUCACGUCGCUGAAGGCGGGCGACUUCGCCGGCCUGACGGCGGUGACGUACAUUGGCCUGAAUAGCAACAGGGUGACCUCACUCCCCGAGACCGUGUUCUCCGGCCUGACGGCGCUGGAAACUCUCGAUCUGGAAGACAACGUUCUGAGUGUGCUCCCUGCCGAGGUGUUCUCCGGCCUGACAGCGCUGGAAACUCUCGAUCUGUCCAGCGGCAACGUUCUGAGUUCGCUCCCCGGGACCGUGUUCUCCGAGCUCUCGAGUCUGACGUUCCUCAGUCUGGAGAACAUUGGCAUAACCGAGCUUUCCGCAGGCCUGUUCUCCGGGCUCUCGAAGCUGGAGGGUCUCAAUCUGGGCUACAACCAACUGACCUCGCUUCCCGACGGGCUGUUCUCCGGCCUGACGGGCUGA